AAACAGAAAAAAACGUCGAUGGUUUUUGCUGUGUCCCAGCAAAGGUGAAAUAUUGGAAACAUUUAACCUUUCUCGGGGUCACUUUGAUGUUACAAGUGUUUACUAGAACUUAGAGUUUUCCCAAAGACUUUUGUUAAUAUCGGAAAAUGAAAAAAAGCGAGCUGGAUAUUCCACCACCCGCCACCCCGGUCAUCAUACAACUCUACGAAGAUUUGGGAGAACAGUUGUUGGAUAUUGUUGAAGAAAAGUGCGGCGGCGACCACAGGAUAGUGGCAGGCGUGUGCCCGAAUCUCACGGAGGCCAAGCGGACGGCGGAUGGAAAAAACGCGGGAAAAUCUCUGAGGAAAAACGGACAACGUUUGUCUACUACAAGCACCGAAUGCAAGCUGCCAUCCGUUGAAGGUGGGUUCACUCAGAAAAUAAGACUGAAGGAUGAUAUAAACGCCGAUUUUGCAUCAUCUUAUGAAAAAGAGACCAUUGAAAUCCCGCCAGAAAACUUUAAGACAACAUUUAACACAAUGGAAGGCAAAUUCCCACCAAGGACAAGACCUGACAAGAAGACGAACGCAUCCAAACUCAAAACGACUGCGCAAAUGAACGCAAGAAAACCUCAAGGUGGGGGACGGGUUGGUGCAACUUUACCCAAGAUAACGGUGACUUCUGAGGCCGCCAAUAAUAACAGUUUCAAAGGAGGAUGCAGUGUAAGAACUAGACAACUUCAGAAGAACACAAGUAACAAACGCACAACAGAGAAGACUGGAGCGCAUCUCAGUGUAUCUGUACCAAAUUCACAUCUCGAAGACAAAUGCAACACCGUGAAUCAAAUGUCACGAAAGAUGACGAAAAGUUUGGAUAACAACAAACGUGUGUCACCUCGGGAUGGCGUAAGAAAUAAUAAUUUGAGUGAGGACAAAACGGUAAAAGUAACAACAAUCCCACACAAGAAAAGCAACGAGAUAAAAAGCGAAGUAAAGACUUCACAGAAGACCACAGACAGCUCCAUAGACAACGGAAACAUUGCGAAUGCACACAAGAACAAUACCGAGAAAAAGACACAAGAAGUUCCAACAGAGAAAGCAGGACAUUCCAAAGACGCUACAAAGACGAACGAUACAAGACCUCCAGAGUUAAACAAAAAUGUGAAAGAUACAGAAUCUAGCGAUGUGUUGGAGAAAAAGAACAAGGAAAUCGCCAGAACAAAUGAUGGAGCAAAUAAACCAAGAGUCGACACCAAGAAAACGACAACUGAUGUACAUGUAGAGAAGAAAUGGAAGUUGGAAGUAGACACAAGUCAGUUCUCUGAAAAAGAAAAUAAUUCCGUCCCACCAGAAAGUACAGUGGACCACAAAGACGCUGCAUGUACUUCUAAACACGUCGUCUUCAAAGUAGGGCCGCCGUCAACAACUCGACCUACAGAAGAAAACACAAGAGCAGAGAAAACAUUAAACAAAAGCAAAGAGAACAUCAAACAAAAGAAGAAGACUGCUACAAAACCGAUAACAAACAAGGCAAAAACUGAUGGAACGAAAGAAGGAGAAACUGAAAAGUCGGGCAGAGACAGUCCUAAGCAGAAGAAGAACUUAAGACUUUGCGAGGUGGUGAAGCAAGGAGACAGGAGCGUCCCUAAGUACAGAGACAUUCACCAGAACGUGAAGGAGAAGAGACAUGGAAAUAGAGAAGCCCUGGAGGUGACAUCUAUGCAGUGUGAGGAACUGAAGGAAGCCAACAUGUACCUCACCAAGAUUCUGGGGGUGGAGAAAAACGCAAGGACCAUUCAGUUGAUAGAUCAGCUGCAGCGUCACCAGAAGACUCUUGAGGCUGAGUUAGAAGAGGCGAGGAGGAAGGAGGCGCAUGCGCAGGAGAGGGCGGAGAAGGCGGAGAAACACGUGAACGAGAUCUCACAACAGGUUGAACAAGUGCGUAGGUCACGUGACAAAACCCUCGGCGAGAAAGAACAGCUACUGAAGGAAGUUGAAAAAGAGAGGAAGGCGUUUGAAAAGGUUCGUCAGCAUGUUGACUCGGUGGGUAAGAUGCGCCAGCGCGCGCACCAAGUGAAGGAGAAUGCCUUACGUCAGAGGAACAAGCUGGCCAAAGAGAUCGAAGCCGAGCGCGCCAAAAUGUCCGCCAUGUUGCUGGCCAUGAAGGAAGUCAACACGCAGAAAUUCAACGCCGAGAGACGCAGACUCAAUAUGGUCCGAAUGAAAAACAAACUAGCGAAGGAGAGAGACGAAGAAAGAGCCCGGCUACGCGAACUCCACGACACGAUCGAAGAAAUGAAGAAAGAAAAAGAAGAGGCCGUGAAACAAAAAUACAAGGCCCUGAAGCAACGAGACUUGGCCAGAACAACUUGUAGGAAGUUGAAUGGUGAACUGAAAGAACUACGCGAUUCCGUGGACUCGUUGAACGAAUCUGGAUGCUACGUUCUAGAGACUUCAGAGAGGCUGACUGUUAUGGAGAACACUCGGCGGCCACACCCCGGAACGACAAACCCGAAAAACCCGCGGUCAACAUUCCCCUCCAUCGAUAACAAGUUGCCUAAGAGGGGGCUCAAAAGUAAAGCACCGCAUCCGGGUGUUGCAAAGACAAAGAAUCCCGCCAAAUUACCGAAAAUAAACCAGACACAAGCAGCGGUCGGUGCCGUCCCAUCUCCUAUGAGAGGCGGCUUCCCGAGUGUUCAUAGAACCAGACCUGUACAGUACGACCAGUGGAGCCCCGCCUUCUCUCAUGACGUCACGGAGAAUGACGUCUACGAUUGGGGUUUCUAUGACGACGAGCAUCUUGCACAUCAAGAUCUGACCAGGAGCUACAUGCAAUACGCUGACUUGCAGGCGACUGGUCAUCAGAGAGCACUGGUCAAUCGGCCUCCUCACGGUGGACAGUGGAAAAAGUAUCCCACGGGCGAGACUUUGGCACCGCACUCCCGCCUUCGCCCUCCUACCAUAUCGGACAACGGUUUCCAUAGCAACGCAGACGUCAACUAUGAAGAGAGCGACUUCGCGACGAGUUCUACCACAGAGAGCGGUAGUCAUGGCAACACGGUUGACAGACAGGUGUCGGCUCAUUUGCAAGGGCUGUCAAGCGAUCCGCGCGCUCACGUGACCGACUACCAUGGCAACACUAUGAUUGACAGGCAGGUCUCCGCGCACCUCUGCCAUUGGGACUGUGACUGCGCAAGAAAUAAUGUCGGCCAAUCAGAGUCUGCGAAACUUCCAGUGAUUGAAAGUGCUCAACUGUAUCGCCCAUCAGCGAUUACGUCAUCGAAAGUUGAUCGUAUCAAAUUCCCUGAAUUGUAAGCUAUAAUUUCUUAAGUACGAGAAUACAAAGUAUGAUGAGAAGGGAAACACUAUUUCUAUCAACUUAAGGACUGUAAAAAAACUUGUAUAGUUUCUACUCUUUAAAUAACGAAAAGUACUAGUAUGUUUCCAUGUUUUCAUGUUUAUAAUAUCACAUUUGAAGCUAUAAAUAAAAAGUGUACAAAGUAGCAAAGUACGAGUAACGAACAUGUUUACAUUGUACAUAACUCGAGAAGAACAUUUUAAAAGAACUUUUAAUAUAAAGAUAUGGAAGUACGUGUAUA